CUUGGUUCGUAUUCGGAUUUCUCUGAAAAGAUGACUAACUUAUACCGUUUGGCGACGGUAGGCCUUCUUGUACUUUUUUCACUGAUCCAGAUCGAUGCUGCUGUAGAUGUGGCUAAAUUGAGAAGCAUACGUUCUGUAAAUCCACUCGUUGCAAACAUCGCAUGCGACACUGGAAAACGAUUUGGUUGUGCCGAUUGCUCUACAGUUCAGGUUUGUCAGUGGGAUGGUACUGCGAUAGAAACUUCAAGGUAUCGAUGCGACUCGUUGAAUUCUUCUCAACCUUUUUGCAACGGGAAUUCUGGUGAAUGUAGUGCAGCGCCAACAGGUCCCUGUAUCAAAUCCAGUGAGCUCUGUCCAGCAGAAGGAAUAUAUCCCAAUCCUACCAAUUGUCACGAGUACAUAUACUGCGACGCCGCAAAAAAUGCGUACGCUAUUCCGUGUGCUUCCACCGAUGUCUACAACCACACGGAGCAGGAUUGCGUACGAUCGACAUCUUCCAACAGCUGUUUCGCGGUGAACUGUGCCACCGCAACAUCGCAAAAUCAAUGGUUCUCCUACACUCCGACACCGAAGCUGUACGUAUUCUGCUCUAGCACGGUCGGCGCAAUGACUUUCGAGUGCACCGGAACUAAUGUUGCCUUCAAUGCGAAGACGAAGAAGUGUGAGUUUAGUUGUCCGAAAUCCGGAAGAUUUGCCAUUCCUGGUGAACCAACAACUAGCAAGCGUUACUAUCAAUGCACAUUAGGCUCUAAUAACGUGCUUACGUAUGCAAUUCAAGAGUGCCCCAAUGGACUAAUUUUCGACACAACCACACUGAAAUGUAUCACAGCACCGGGUGGUGGCGGUGGUGGCGACAUUUAAGCCCUGAAUCUGAAUUUGCGUUACCGUCAUAAUAAAUGAAAAUCUAUUAUUCAAUUGUUA